CUUUUUAAACUGAAGAAAAAAACAAAAAUAUUGCCGCUGAAAAAAAGCUUAAUUUAAUUUUACUGUACGAACUAGACAUUUAAAUUAUAUAAUGGCUAAGAAAACAGAAAUUCAAAUCAACCAUCCACCAAAUGACACAAUUUCCUCAUUAAGCUUCGGUCCAGAAAACUCACAAUAUUUAAUUGCAAGUAGUUGGGAUGGGGGAGUUCGAUUGUAUGAUGUUCUCGGUAAUAAUUUAAGACAAAAGUAUGUCCACAAUUGUCCAGUUCUCGAUGUUUGCUUUCAAGAUCAAGUUCAUACAAUUUCAGGCGGUUUAGAUGGUGGAUUGAAGCUUUAUGAUUUAAAUACUAAUAGUGAAGCGAAUCUCGGCUCACAUGACAAUGCUGUAAAGUGUGUAGAAUUCUCUACUAAAAUGAAUGCAUUAAUAACUGGAAGUUGGGACACAACAGUUCGAAUAUGGGAUACACGUGAAAAGAGCUGUGUUGGAACGUAUGAACAAAAUAAUGGAAAAGUCUAUUCGAUGAGUGUCGUGGAUGAAAAGCUAGUUGUGGCUACAAGUGAUCGGAAAGUCUUAAUAUGGGAUUUAAGGAAUAUGGGAAGUUAUGUAGCACGACGCGAAUCAUCAUUAAAAUAUCAGACUCGUUGCAUCAGGAUCUUCCCAAAUAAAGAAGGAUAUGUUAUGUCAUCAAUUGAAGGACGUGUAGCUGUUGAGUAUUUCGAUAAUGACGCUGAAAUUCAAAAGAAAAAGUUUGCCUUUAAAUGUCAUCGACAGAAAGAAAAUAAUAUCGAAUUAAUUUAUCCUGUAAAUGCUCUCAGCUUUCAUAGUGGAUAUUCAACAUUUGCUAGUGGCGGUUCCGAUGGAUAUGUCAGUAUUUGGGAUGGAUUUAAUAAGAAGCGUUUAUGUCAAUUUCAUCAUUAUGAUACAUCAAUUUCUGCAUUAAGCUUUAGUAGUGAUGGAAGUACUCUAGCUAUAGGCUGCUCAUAUUUGGAUGAAUUAGAGAAACCACCAGAACCAAUGGCAGAUCCAAGCAUUUUUGUACGAUAUGUCAGUGAGCAGGAAGUGAAACCAAAAUAAUCAAAAAAAAAAAAUUCGUUUUAA